GUAAAUACAGAACGAGUGUUUGCAGUGGGGUGAUAUUCUUUUGGUGUUUCCCUUUUUAGAAUAGUGAAAAAUGGACCGGUUUUCGUGGUCAAAUGGCCUCUUAGAAAUAAACGAAACGUUAGUGAUACAGCAGCGAGGCGUCAGGCUGUAUGACGGUGAUGAUAAGGCAAAACUGGAAGUUGGUGUUGCUUUAUUGAGUACCCAUAGGUUGAUCUGGAGAGACGGAAAGAAUAAUGACUGCUGCCUGGCCAUACCCCUGUCUCAGAUUAUUUUCUUUGAGGAGCAGGCUGCAGGAAUAGGAAAGAGUGCAAAAAUAGUUAUCCACCUGCAUCCAUCACCCCCCAACAAGGAGCCAGGUCCAUACCAGAACAGCAAGUUCUCCUACAUCAAGCUGUCUUUCAAAGAACAUGGGCAGAUUGAGUUUUACAGGAGACUGACAGAAGAGAUGACCCAGAAAAGGUGGGAGAAUACCCCAAGUUCACAGCCCAUCUCAACAGGAACUGGGUCUCAGGCAGGAAGGACACGCGCAGUGGGCAUUGUUGGCAUUGAGAGAAAGAUAGAGGAGAAGAGGAAAGAAACAGAGAAGAACAUUUCUGAGGCCUUUGAGGACCUCAGUAAGCUGAUGGUAAAGGCCAAAGAGAUGGUGGAGCUGUCCAGAUCUAUUGCCAACAAGAUCAAAGACAAGCAGGGAGAUAUAACAGAAGAUGAGACAAUCCGCUUUAAGUCUUACCUCUUGAGCAUGGGUAUUGCCAACCCUGUUACGAGGGAAACACACGGAUCGGGUACACAUUAUCACAUGCAGCUGGCUAAACAACUGGGAGAUAUGCUGCAGGCUCCUCUAGAGGAGCGUGGAGGAAUGAUGGCUCUCACAGAGGUGUAUUGUCUUGUCAAUCGUGCCAGAGGGAUGGAGCUUUUAUCUCCUGAAGAUUUGUUAAAUGCAUGCAAAAUGUUUGAGUCCUUGAAACUGCCCCUGAGGCUGCGUGUGUUUGACAGCGGUGUUAUGGUGGUCCAGCUGGAGUCUCACAGUGAAGAAGAAAUGAUAGCCUCAGCGCUGGACAAUGUGACUGAAAAAGGCUCCCUGACAGCAGAGGAGUUUGCAAAGCUCUUGGGUCUUUCUGUUCUUCUGUCCAAGGAGCGGUUGUUGCUUGCUGAGAAGAUGGGCCACCUUUGUAGGGAUGACUCUGUUGAGGGUUUAAGAUUUUACGCAAACUGUUUUUGAUCUGUUUAUAGAGAUGUUAAGGUAGCACUUUCCACAGAUAUAGGAUGCAUAAAAGCCUAUCUAUAAUAAAGUCAGUCUAGUGAUAUGUGGCUGUUGGUGUGGGUCCUCUUGGUUGCUUUUUUUGAUAACCUAAUCUUUGAGGCAACAUACUUGCCUUAAUUAUCAGGUUCAAGUUCUCUAAAUUACAUGUAAAUACUGUAUCUAAGGAAAACAGAUUCUACAGAAGAAGGGUCACUGUAGUGUAAUGCAAAGUGGGAUUGGUAAAAUGCAUUUACUGCAUUGUGCAUUUAUUUGAUGUAUAUUUUCCUUUUUCUUGCUUUCUUGACACUUACCUGCAGGCUUGUUGAAAACUAGCAGACUGUUAUAAAAGGUUCACAGCCUCUAGUAUUUGGAUCCAUUGUUCCAAAGUAAGCAACACAUUGCUAUAAUAAAUGGUUGGAAACGUU